AGAAUUCGGUAAAUAUUCCAAAACAUCGCCGUAAGAUUAGAUCAUUUGACGCAUCUUGAACUAUUUUGGGAAUGGAUGUAGCCGUAGCUUAAGUUAAGUACCGUGAAAAAUCUCUUCAGUUUUGAUAUCAGUUGAUAUUCAAUGGCUACUUGUCCUUCUACUAAUAUAGUUGUUUGUGUUUGGUGACUCGUUACGGGCUUAUAAUUGCUAAAUCGCCUGUGUUGGCGACGAUCAUUGUUUGAGGCCGGGUAGCUUGUCGGAAAUUUGACAAGCAAGACAAAGAAAAUCAAGUUGGUAUAAAAUUGUGGUUUAUCGCCUCGUUUGAGUCAAGACACUCAACACACGAUUUAGCCAUAUCCAGAUAGCGACUCGACUUAGACAACUGAUGAAUGGUGCGUGGUAUUCAAUCAAACAACAAGAGUUAUGCUAUGACUAAGAUUAAUUAAAUUACUGACACUAUAUAUUAGUCAACGAGAGCAGUAUUCAUUUCCACUACAGUAAUCCUUGUUUGAUUUUGGAUUGUGUGGUAAUAACAGGAUUGUGUUCUGAGCACCAUUGGCAGUUUACAUGCCAAGUAUACACUUAGACGGGAUUAAACACCGUGUGCUUAUAUCACGAAUAUAUAUAGUGGGAUAUCCGUUUUGAAAUAGCUCAUAACGCAACACGAGUUUGGCAGCAUAUCAAACAGUUUAAAGCAAUGUGGAAACACGAAGUUAGUUUGCUGUUCGUAACUUUGAUUCAAUGUGCACAGAUUUCAAAAGGUGAAAAUGGGACAUGCGCUGUAAAUGAGUUUACUUGCAAGGAUGGGGAAUGUAUUUUGUCCAAAUGGGAAUGCGACGGUGAACCAGAUUGUUCAGACCAUUCAGAUGAGAAAGAUUGUGACAGUUACCCCACAUGUUCUUCAAGUCAAUUCCAGUGCAACAUAACAAAGGAUUGUGUAGAUGAAGAUUGGAGAUGCGAUGGUGAUAUCGAUUGUGGUGACUCCACUGACGAAAGGAACUGUUACAACACUCCAUGCACUGAUGAAGACUACCGUUGUAAAAACGGUAAGUGCGUCCCAGAGGCUUUCCGAUGCGAUGGAGUAGAUGACUGUGAGGAUUUCUCAGAUGAAGCUUUAUGCGAUACAAUUAUUAGGCGUUGUCAAGUAAGCGAGUUCCGAUGUGAUUCACAAAACUGUAUUCCCCUUGAUUGGCAAUGUGAUGGAUUUUCAGAUUGUAACAAUGGCAAAGAUGAAGACGGCUGUGUAGAUAAAUGUCUUUCGCAUGAGUGGAAAUGUGACGACGGAAAAUGUAUAUUAGCCAAAUAUAGAUGUGAUGGGGAUAAAGACUGUAAAGACAGGUCGGACGAGCUCGGAUGCGGAAAUGAAACUGCGAUUUGCAGUUUGAAAUCUCAUUUUAACUGCACUUCGGGCAAGUGUAUCUAUUCGGAUUGGAAGUGUGACGAUGAACUGGAUUGUGAUGAUGGCUCGGAUGAAAACAAUUGUGGAUGCCCGUCAAGUGGUAAUGUUGACAAUAAUUGCACUAAACCAACUGAAGCAGUUCAAAAGAAUUAUACUCAUGGAUGUCUUCGGACGCAGUUUCGUUGCUAUAAUGAUAAAUGUGUCGAAAUGGAUAAAGUUUGUAAUCGAAAAGAUGAUUGUGGCGACAAAUCAGACGAACUUAGAUGCCCAACAUGGGAGAACCAGACUUCAUGUGGCCCGAACCAAGGUGGCUGUGAACACAAGUGUAGCGAUGAGGGAGGUGUACCUGAAUGCUCCUGUUUUGAAGGGUUCUACCCGGAUAAAUCCGAUUUUAAACGUUGCGUAGAUAUUGACGAAUGCAAUAUCCCAGGGUUUUGCAGUCAAUUGUGUAGGAAUGAUCACGGAGGCUAUAAGUGCUCGUGCCACAAGGGAUAUGUUCUCCAGUCUAAUGGACGGAAAUGUAAAGCAUUAGGUCCCAAACCACUCCUUGCAUUAAGCGACCAAGGUAUGGUAUCAAUAUCGGCAUUAGCGACUCCCAAAAAAAUAGAAACCAUUGCACAGGACGUCGGAAAUAUUGCAGCUGUGGAUUACUGGUUUGAAGGAGAUUUAAUAUUCUGGGCAGACACCGAUUUUAAAACAAUCAAAUCAGCUAGCCUGAACGGUUCUCUUAUGAGGGAUGUUGUCAAAUUUGGCUUGGAAAUGCCAUGCGGCCUAGUUGUUGAUUGGAUGGGCAGGAAAGUAUUUUGGACAGACUCUGAAAGUGGCAGAAUAGAAAUGUCUAAUUUUGAUGGCACCCAGAGAAAAGCAAUUUUUUGGCAACCUCUCGGAAAACUCAGAGCAAUCGCGUUACAUCCAAGUAAAGGUUACAUGUUUUGGACGGAAUGGGAUUUGGAAGGAGAUGACACCACGUCAUCCAUAACACGUGCUAAUAUGGACGGCACAGACGUUCAAAGAAUACGAUACAGAGAUAUUUACUGGCCAAACGCACUCACUGUUGAUUACCUAAAGUUGAAAAUAUAUUUCGUGGAUGCAAAGACAGGACUAAUCGAGUUAUCAGAUUUUGAUGGAAGCUUUCGUAUAACAAUCAGGAAAGAUAAUUUGAUGCAGCCAUUUUCAAUCAGCCUUUUCGAAGACGAUAUAUAUUGGACGGAUACAAACAAAAAGGGAGUAUAUAAAAUGAAUAAAUUUGACGGAAGUGGCAUCAAUUUAGUACAAAGGAAUUUGAAUUAUCCAAUGGGACUUGCAGUCAUUCACACAUCAAGACAACCACAUGGUAGUUAUAACUGUGAGAAAAACAACGGAGGAUGCAGUCACAUUUGCCUACCGACGUCAUCAGGACGAAGCUGCGCAUGUCCUACUGGAUUUCAAAUGUCAAAUCUUACUCAUUGCUCUGAAAAAAUUGACAAGUUCGUCGCUUACGUUGCUGACUAUAGUAUACGUCAAAUAUCCCUGGAUACGGGUGACAUGCUGGAUGUUGUAUUGCCAUUUGAGAACGUGCUUGAUGUAAUUGCAAUGGAUUGGGAUCCAGUCAAGGAUGAAAUGUAUUGGGCAGACAUUUAUAACGAUGAAAUAACGAUAAGAAAAGGGAAAAUGAGACCAGCCUAUAAUGAGGCUGUACUUCACCAAAUUCCUGGCAAGCUAUCGGGUAUUGCCGUUGACUGGUUGUCAAGGAAACUGUACUGGUCUGACGAAGAAAGGAAUCAUAUCCUUGUUUCUAAUCUUGAUGGAAGUUCAACAACAGUUUUACGAUGGAAAAAUAAUAACCAACCAAGAAAUUUGUUGCUUCAUGUGGAGAAGAGAUACAUGUACUGGACGACCCAUGGUAAAGCUGUCAGCAUAAAUCGCGCUGGAAUGGAUGGUCUUUCUCGGAAAAAAAUUGUUUCGAAACAUUUGACAAACCCAACUGGCUUGUGUAUCGAUAAAUUGAAAAACAUCAUUUUUUGGGUGGAUGGAGGAGAUAUUGUUCAUUACUUCGCAUUAGCAACAGAAAAACGAAAUUUCUUCAAAGUUUCGCACCAUUCCCUGUCAUUGACUCCCUUUUCAAUUGGUGUUCACAAAGAUCGUUUUUUUUGGGCGGAUUCAAGUUUAAAGAAGGUGCUAUCGAUGAAUCUUGGAGAUACGAACAGCACUAGAGUCAUUGGAAAAUAUACAUCAAACCCUGCGAGACUGGCGGUCUUUGCGAAAAUGCAAACUUCAGAGAAUCACCCUUGUUCAAUAAGAAACGGUGGUUGCAGCCAUCUUUGUUUGCUUUCGCCAUCACAAGGUUAUCGGUGUUUGUGUCCUGCUGGAAGACAUCUCAAGGCCGAUAAUAAAACUUGCGAAUCAGUGCAAGAGUUAACACGGUUUGUGUUGGUAAACAGCAAUGGCAGGCUGCAUCAAGUACCUCUAAGUGUUCCAUACAAGACAGAAAUAGCCUUAGCUACUAAGGGCAACAAAGUGAAGGAUAUCAUUGCCUUUGAUGUUGAUGUUAAACGCAGAAAUGUAUAUUUUAUCAGGAGAACCAAAACAGAAAAGGAAAUCUGUUUUGUUUCGUUAUUUGGUGGCGAUAAUACAUGCAUUCUUUCUGAGAUACUUCGUGCACCUUACGAUAUUGCGUAUGACCCUGUACGACAUUAUUUUUACUGGACUGAUGCUUUUACCAGGAAGAUAUACCUCGCUGAUAGCAAUGGAACAUUUUGGACCGUUGUCAUUUGGAAGAAUUUAGACGAACCAUCAUCCAUUACAGUUGCAUACCAGCACGGGUUUAUAUUUUGGGCAGAUGUUGGCGAGCAUAAAUCCAUAUUUAGAGCAAAUAUGGACGGUAGUUCUUCUUCAAAGAUUGUGACGACAGGAUUGAAAUGGCCAUACAGUCUGACUGUUGAUCACGUAACUAAACAUUUAUACUGGACAGACUUUCCUCAGGAGCGAAUUGAAUUUUGUGAUUACGAGGGAAAGAACAGAAGGCAAAUUGCAACAACUUCAUCGGGGCUGACAUCACUUUCGUUGUUUAGUAAAUUUGUGUAUUGGUCAGAGUGGAAACCUGGAGUGUUGAGGAAAAGCGGUAAAGCCCAAAAAAUUUUCAAUUUUGCUACAGUGAUCAAAGGAAUGAAGAGAGUAUUUGGAAUUCAAGCUGUAAACUUGCAAAAAAUACCAGUGUCAAAAAGCGAUUGCGAGAACAACAAUGGAAAUUGCAGUCACUUUUGUGUGAUGAAUCCCGUCGGGAUAUCGUGUGCUUGCCCUGUCGGCCUAAAACUUCGCGAAGGCGGAAAAAUCUGUUACGAUAGUCCACACAGGUCGAUAUUCUUCAUCAGUGGAAAAACAAUGAAUAGAAUAUCGUUUGAUACAGAUGACCUAACGAGUUUUCCAUUGCCUGUAAAAAAUAUGAAUAUCACACGAAGUUUCAUUUUCAAUGUUAUCGAAGAUAAAAUCUACUGGACUGAUGGCACCACGAUCUAUUCAACGCGAAUGAAAGAUUCAGUAACAAAGAUAAUCGUCAUCUCCAACUCGUCAUCGAUCAAUAGCCUAUCAGUUGACUGGAUUUCUGGAAAUUUAUUCUGGUCGGAUCUAAGAACUGCUAAGAUUAAGGUGUCUACACUGAAUGGCUCACAUUCUGCUGAUCUUAUAACUGGUGCAUUAGAAAAGCCUCGAGAUAUUGCUGUUGAUGCUGCAAAAGGUCUUCUCUUUUGGACUGAUGCCGGAAGAAAGGUUAUAGAGAGAUCGCAUACAGAUGGCCAAUCACAUACCGUGGUUGUCAGUGGCGACGUAUAUCAGCCAGUUGGUCUGGUACUGGAUGAAGAGACAGAGUUCUUGUAUUGGUCUGAAGCGAUGACUUAUAGCAUAGAGAGAUGUAACUACGAUGGUCAGAGAAGAUCAACAGUCGUUAAAAAAGGUGUUUAUGCGUCCGGACUGACAAUAUUAGGAUCUCAGGUGUUUUGGGCUGACUAUCGACAGCGGGCUUUACUGCAUGCUCACAAGGAGACUGGUGCAGAAGUUAAUGCUCUUGAGAAAGAUCUGGAAAUUCCUAUGGCUUUGGCAGCUUUCACAAGAAGGACCACACCAGUUACAAGUCCAUGCUUCAUGAAUGGAAACUGCUCCAACAUUUGCCUAUCUAAACCCAAUGGUCGAUCAUGUGCUACCGUUUGUGAUAAAAUAUUACAUCUGAGAGAUUCAUGUGUGGUUAAAAAAAUUAUUUCAACACAGAGAAGUAUACAACCCUCCAGAAGUUGCACAAUGGCUAAUGGUGAUGAUAACUGUACUAAUAUCACUGUGAAUUUUAGAAAAGGAAGGAAAUCGAUGACGAUAGCAUAUAUUGUCGCAGGGAUUGUUUGUUUGGUCUUUGUUUUAACCAUGACUAUCCUGAUAUUUCUUUGCUAUCGGCGUUUCAAAUCACGUAGAAGCAAAAGAAGGCAAAAACAACUGAUGGCGUUAAGAGUAACUUUUGAAAACAAGCGUACAACGAGCAAAGAAGACACAGUUAAUGAUCCACUUGUGACCAUUUCGUCGCAACGUCGGGAACAAUUAUCAACAAGAUCAAGUCCUUCCAUUGUGCAGGAAGAGGAAAGAGAUCCGUGUCUUGCUAUUUCUGAAGUGUAGUUUCUAUGUAAAAAAGCAAACGACUUUUGUUUGAGAAAACACAAAUUUUAAUUACAUAGUUGUGCUAAGUUGUAGUCACCGGCUUAUAUAAUGAUAUGUGCGAACAUAGGCUACAAUUUUUAGCAUGUGUCUAAAUAUUUUGAAUAAAAUAACUUGUUAAACUACAAACUUUUAACUCAGACGCUAAUUAGAUUUCACAGAAAAUAUUUCUUAUAUCGUAGGGUAUAAAGAGUUGUAUAUUAUAUAAUACUAAGAAAAAGUCAUCUAAACUAGUUAUA